CAAAUCCAGGAAAACAUCCGGAGAAGACUAUCUGGUCGCUCGAACGUGGAAUAACUGCAGGACUGGUUUACUCAUCAGGGUCACUGGAUAAUGCAUGUGCAAAAUAAAUAAUACAAAACAACAUGACGUCUUCCCUUCCUAUCCUAGAUGACAGAGAUCCCCGACUUAAGCUGACGGUGGAAAACAGAAUAAGAAACAUUUUUGUAACACAAUCGGAAGACACCAGACACAGAAAGGAGGAAAAUGUCAACCUCCUACCUGUUGUGACAGAGACUUCCAGCAGAGUCCUUGAGACAGGAGUGAACACUUUGCAAAAGACCCUGGUUCUGAAGAAACAGGCUGAAUUGGACAAGGUGGACAAGCAGCUCGCACUCAAACGACAGGAGUUUAAGAACCGUGUGGAGGCUCUUGCUUGGAGAAGGUCUGAACUGGAACUAAAACAACAGCAGACUACAGAGAGGGUGAUGAAGUUUGAGAAGUUUGUGGCUGAAAAUGAAGUGAAGCGACGCCGAGCGCUGAAGAAGUAUGAGGCUGCACUUGAGCUGAACAUUUCUAAACAGAGAGAGAUAGAAGAUCUGACGGAUCAGCUUAAACAACUCAGAGCCAGAAAGCAAGUUUUAAAGGAGAGAAUGUCAAAUUACAAAAUCUAUGAGGACUACUUGAUGAAAACACUAGAUCAUUUCCCCAGCACUUACCUUGAUAAUGGGUCUGAAUCUUUGGUAAUGCCCAUCAUUCGGCGCCACGAGACCCUGUCCAUCACCCACCGGGAGCUGCUGCAGCGUCUGGGGCGUCUGGAGGAGGAGGUUGAGCAGGGCCAGCAACACCUGCUGAUCAUGAAGCAGGAGCACAGUAUUAAAACAUUGAUGGCCAAUAAGGAACUGUCUGAACUCCAGAGUGAGUUAGAAACCCUCAAAGAGAAGAACAAGCAGGCCGAGGUUAACCUGCUGAUGGAGCAAGGCCUGUCCAGAGAGAAGGUUGAAGAAGUGGGUCGCUUGCUUAUGGCAAUCAACAAUCUUGCAGAGCAGUGCUAUCUAUCAACAUAUGGACCUCUGGAAAACAUUAACAUACUGACGAGGAUGGACAUGGUGAAGGAGUACAUCCUGGACAAGGCAGACACAGAGAGGAGAGCGAGGAUACUGAUGGAGUCUGGGUCUGCCAUGAUGAGUAGAACAGCUCCGACAGACAAAAGAGAGAGGGGGUCAAUGAAAAGCAUCGGCAGUAAAACACAAAUUAAAAGUUCAAGUAAAGUCAGUAGAAAGAGUGAGACAAUGAGUUGAUGUGGAUCUUUAACAACUUACCAUGAUGUCCCUGCUCACAGUAAUCUAAGUGUGUUGAGAGUGAAACUUAAUUUUUUGACCUUGGAAGCAGUUACAGCAAGUAUGACAACUAAGAAAACUACAUCCGCUAAUGAUGAAGGUGAAAUGCAUGGAAAUGAAAUGCAUGUCGUCACCUAAAAGUGGUUUGACUCUUUACAUUUUUUGAGUUUGUGUAACAGAGUUUCAGUGUUCAAAACUCUUGAUUCAUAAUGCUAUACACCAAAAUUUGCACUUCAAAUUCUAAAAAUCUCUUUGGAAUGUAAUCAUUGUUGCAUUUAAAAAAAUGUUUACAAUCAAAUAAUGCUGUGAGACAAGAAGCAGUACCCAUCAAAACGGCAAAUGCAAUGGUAUGUAUGCAAUUUUAACAGGUUUAGACUUUACAAACAGCAAUGAGAAAAGAUCUGUAAU